CAUCCACCUCUAAUAAAAAAGCACCAUCCAACAAAUUACGACAAAAACGCCAGCCAGUUAUAAAUCUAAACAAGCGCAGCGAAGCAAACCCCACAGGAAAUAAUGAACAUGGCGAAUUGCUGUAAGGAUUGCGAUCGUCUGCAGCCACGAUCAGCGGGCAGUGCUCCAGUGCGGCCAGAGUUCCAGCAGCCCACCAUGUAUGACCAUUUUCAAAAUUUCCAAAGGUUCAAGAUGCAAAAGCAGGAAGAGCAGGCCAUUGAGAAGCGAAAGGAAGAACUACUCAAAAUGAACGCUAAUUUCACCAAUUGGGCUCCCACCAACAGUAAGGAUAUGUUUGAUCAAUUCAGCACUCAAGAUGUUGCGUUAUUUCGCCAACAAAUGCGUUUAGCACAAAAUGGUGAGCGUUCGAUGUUGGAGAGUCUGCCGACGCAAACGGAUGUGGGCGCUUCAAGCGCCGGUGACACGGGCACUGAUACCGGCACCGGCACCGGCACUGGCACUGGCGCAGGAAACAAGUCACUAAGGAAGAAGGUCUCGCUGCUGACUAUUUCACACACGCCCGUACAAUGUCCGAUUGGCGCUUGUGGCCGCACUAUAGGUGUGACAUCGGUGUUAUCGCAUUAUUUGCGCGAUCACAGUGAAGAUUUUGGUGUGCAGUGUCAAGAAAUCUAUGGCGGUAAGCGCUCCGUGUUGAUUUUUGAUCCGACUAAUUUGGAAUUUCGUGAUAAUGUGUGUUUGGGUGUGUUGGCGUAUGGCGGUGUCAAGGAGAAGUGCUCAGAUCCCCCCGCCGAGCGUGGCAUUUGCAUACACAACGCCUUUCUGCCAAAGCCACACGAACAUCUAGACGCGCAUUUGCCCAUACUGAUAAUGGCCUGUCGGACAUCGUGGAGUGCAUUUUUGGAGGACAAGCAACUCGAGGCAAAAAUAACAAAUCCACAGAAUUUGAAUCAGCACCUGCUGGUCAUUUGGUUGGUGAGCGUGCAAUCCACCAAGCCAAUUCAUUGUACUCUGACCGCCUACGACAAGACGAUGACCUCGUCGCGCAGCAUCAUCGCCCAAGUGCGUCAGCUAAACGAGUCACAAAAUGCUAGUGAAUUUUUGGUUAACGAUGCGAAUAGCUUACGCUUGAAUCGUGGCGAAAUCAAUAUACUCUCACACGAUGGCAACGAUUGCAUUCAUCUGGAGGUUAUGAUCAAUGAAUACGUUCAAUAAAAUUUUUUUCUUGGAUUUUUGCGAAGAUACAAGAAAUGGUAAAACUUUUGUGAUCACUUCCUAUAUUUCGAAUGGAGGAAACUUAUGGGUCCGUAGGUACGCAGACAUAUUAAAAUAGCCUGCUCAUUAUCUGGACAAAGAGCUGAUCCGAUUUAGCUAUGCUCGCUGGUCUAUU